CUGAGGGAGCCAAGACCCGGGAGGGUGUGGAAAAGGACUGCUGGCUCCGCCCUCAGUCCCUACCGUUUGUAGGCCGGCGUUUUCCCCUCUGAGAAACGCCCCUCCGCCCCGGCCUUCACCUGGAGUUUCUUCAGGCUCCAGGUUUCCCUGCCAACCACGAGGAGUCCAGGGAGGAAAAGUGGAGCAUAGGCGCCUAUAACCCACGCUUCCCACGCCUUUUCCAGUCCGAGAUCGCCCAGGCAGGGAUGGGCGACAAGAUCUGGCUGCCCUUCCUGUUGGUCUUCUUGGCCUCUCUGCUGCUGCCUGGGGCGGCCGGCUUCACGCCCUCCUUAGACAGCGACUUCACGUUCACUCUUCCGGCCGGCCAGAAGGAGUGUUUCUACCAGCCCAUGCCCCUGAAGGCCUCGCUGGAGAUCGAGUACCAAGUUUUAGAUGGAGCAGGAUUAGAUAUUGAUUUCCAUCUUGCCUCUCCAAAAGGAAGAACCUUAGUUUUUGAACAAAGAAAAUCAGAUGGAGUUCACACGAUAGAGACUGAAGGCGGUGACUACAUGUUCUGCUUUGAUAAUACAUUCAGCACCAUUUCUGAGAAGGUGAUUUUCUUUGAAUUAAUCCUGGAUAAUAUGGGAGAACAGGAGCAAGAACAAGAGGACUGGAAGAAAUAUAUUACUGGCACAGAUAUGUUGGAUAUGAAACUGGAAGACAUUCUGGAGUCCAUCAACAGUAUCAAGUCCAGACUAAGCAAAAGUGGUCAUAUCCAAACUCUGCUUAGAGCAUUUGAAGCUCGUGAUCGAAACAUACAAGAAAGCAACUUUGAUAGAGUAAAUUUCUGGUCUAUGGUUAAUUUAGUGGUAAUGGUGGUAGUGUCAGCCAUUCAAGUAUAUAUGCUGAAGAGUCUAUUUGAAGAUAAGAGGAAAAGUAGAACUUAAAACUCCAAAGUAGAGUACUUAACAUUCAAAAAAAAAGGGACAGAAAAAUGCAAUAAACUGUUACAGUCAAGACCAUUAAUAGUUGUUUGCAAAACGUUUUCAGGCAUUACCAUAAGUGUGAAAUAAAUAUUAAUUUUAACAUGAAAGGAAA